AUGGCUGAACGCCAAGACCCUCCAUCCCUGAAAUCACACUUCAUACCCACCUCCUACACUCCCUCAUCUUGUAUACAGUUGCCAGCCACUACGGCGACUCAUUAUGAGAUUGACCCAAACAUGAUUCAAAUGCUUCCAUCCUUCUAUGGGAAAGAGCAAGAGGACCCUUAUAGGCACCUGAAUGAAUUUAUAGAAAUAUGCAGCCUUGUAAAAAUUCAGGACUUCACAGAUGAUGAACUUAGGUUGCGGUUGUUGCCCUUUUCACUCAAGGAUAAUGCCAAGAAUUGGUGGACAUCUUUACCCGCCAAUUCCAUUACUACUUGGGAACAAAUGCAACAAGUGUUUUUAAAAAAAUACUUCUCCAUAGGAAGGACAAAAGAGAUUCGUCAAGCCAUAACAAGUUUUAAAAUGCAAGAGGGCGAACAAUUUCAUGAAACUUGGCAGAGGUUUAGAGAAUUGAUUAGGAAGUGUCCGCACCAUGCAGUACCUAAGUGGCAGUUGGUGGAAAGUCUUUAUGACGGAUUGAGUCCGGGGUUUCGUCAAAUGGUUAAUGCCUCCUGUGGGGGCAGUUUUAUGAUGACAACUGAGGAUGACGGAUGGGAUCUUUUUGAGACUUUGAGCGAAAAUUCUACCAUGUCCCAGCCACGUGGCCUUAAUGAGUUAGGCCAAUUCAGCAAUCUCUCGGCUAAGGUAGAUGAGUUGUCCCGUAAGCUUGAUAGUCUCUUAUCUUUAGGGCAUAUUUCUUCAUAUUCACGUCAAUCUCAUCUUGUCAAAGAGGUGUGUCAGUUGUGUUCCAACCCAGGUCAUUAUGCGAGAGAGUGCCACAUGGCAUCUCAAUUUUUUACCCAAUCAUCGAGGCCACCGUCUCUCAAUACUUCCAAUCCUCAAGCUUACAAUUUAGCCCUCGCACAGCAACCAUACCAACAACCUCUUCCUCCGUCCACUCAACGGACACCAUCUUUUGAGGAGCAGAUGUUGCAAGCAAUGGAUGAACUCAGGGCUAAUUCACAAUUGCACCACUCCCAUUCUCAAUUGAUUGCAAAGCUAGAGACUCAAGUGGGUCAAAUAGCUAAUGCCUUCAACUUUAUGAAGGAAAGUAAGUUGUCAAGUCAGCCAAUGACCAAUCAAAUCGGGGUUAAUCAAAUCGAGAGUUUGCAAGCUCAUGAGCAAGCGAACAUAGUUUUGAACCUUAGGAAUGGGAGAGAGGUAGAGACUAGACCGGAGGUGGUCAAAGCAAAGGAGAAAGUAUCUCCCCAUGUCGCUGAGGGAUCUAAGGUUGAUAAGAGGUCUAAGGAGAAGGAGACCGAUCCAGUGUCCAUAGUUGUUCCGGGGUCAUCUGAGACCCCAUCUUACAUUCCUAAGGCUCCUUUCCCAACUUGUCUUAAUGCACCUUCGCCCUUUCGCAAGAAGGGGGCAAAACAAGAAGACAUGAUAGAGGUAGUCAAACAAGUCAAAAUCAACCUUCCUCUCUUAGAGGCAAUUAGUCAAGUUUCAGCUUAUGCUAAAUUUUUGAAAGACCUUUGCACCCAAAAGCGUAAGUCUAAGACACAUGAGCCUAAAGAGGUGCGUCUCACUGAGCAGGUGAGCUCUAUUCUUACACGUAACACACCCAUUAAGCGAAAGGAUUUUGGUGUUCCUAUUAUUUCGUGUGUUAUUGGAGAUCAUGUCAUUGAUAGAGCACUCCUCGAUUUAGGGGCCAGUGUCAAUUUGCUCCCAUACUCGGUAUAUGAACAACUAGGGCUGAGAGAGUUGAAGCCCACGUUGGUUACGUUGCAAUUAGCUGAUAGAUCCAUUAAGGUGCCGCGUGGUGUAAUUGAGGAUGUCCUUGUCAAGGUAGAUAAGUUUUAUUUUCCUGUCGAUUUUAUAGUUCUUGACAUGGAAGCAGUCCAUAAUCCCAAUAAACAGAUUCCCCUCAUCCUUGGUCGACCUUUCUUGGCUACGGCCAAUGCAUCUAUUCACUGUAGGACUGGGGUGAUGGAUAUAUCAUUUGGAAAUAUGAGGGUGCAAUUGAAUGUUUUCGAUGCCAAUCUCUAUCCCUGUAAAGAGAAAGACUGCUUCGCAGUCAGUGAGAGUGAUUAUAUGGUUGAUAAGGCACCUUCAGACAUUCGAGUUAAGGGCCCCAUAGAAAUGCCUCUUAUGCAUGUAGGCUUGGAUAGUGGUAACAUUGAAAUGGGUCAUGGUUCUCUUAAUUCGAAGAACCACAUAGAUGAACCUCCAUGGAGUUACACAUACAUUGAGCCUUGGCCCAUAUUUCAUAGUCCUUCCACCUCCCCUCUCAUAGAGGUUGCACCGAGACUUGAGUGGAAAUCACCACCAUAUGCAUGCUUAGGCCCGGGUAAUAUUUUUUCUGGUGAUUGA